UAGAGACAAAUAUAAAAUUUGUAAAUGCUUAUCGAGCACAAAAGUACCAUCCCUAAUCCUAAAUUAUCCUAAAUUUUCAGUACAGAAAAAAACGAGAGGAAGUGAAUUGGGCGUGCCUGGAAUUUCCAAAGCCCAUGAAACCGGGACCGAACCGCCUAAACCUGGCAAUCGGAAACCGAAUUAGCUGCGGCGUGGCGGGCGAUAUGGCUACUCGCCACCUCCACCUCCACCUUCGCUUAAACAAGUAAUUACCAAUAUAUUCAAUUAAUUUAACACUCCUUAAUUUCCCCGUUUCACAAACAAGUAUCUUCAAUUAUUUUUUCCCCACUGUUCCACUAAGUGAAGGAUAUGCUCAACACAUUAUCCAGACGUUGCUUUUGCACCGUCGCUCCUCGCCCUUGGCUUUUUGUUGGAUUAGGCAACCCUGGCGACAAAUACAAAGGAACUCGUCACAAUGUUGGCUUUGAGAUGAUUGAUGCAUUUGCUGAGUCACAGGGGAUUCUCAUGAACACCGUCCAUUGCAAAGCCGUUUUUGGAAAAGGUUUUGUUGGUGAAGUUCCCGUUUUCCUUGCAAAGCCUCAAACUUACAUGAAUCUCAGUGGUGAAUCGACAGGACCACUGGCGGCUUAUUACAAGUUACCCCUUAAUCAGGUGAUUGUGUUCCAUGAUGACAUGAACCUGCCAUGUGGGGUGCUUCGUCUUAAUGACAAAGGGGGUCAUGGAAGCCACAAAGGGCUGAAGAGUGUUAUCUAUCACUUCAGAGAUAAUAGAGAAUUUCCUCGUUUAAGAAUUGGGAUUGGGAAGCCUCCUGGGCAAAUGGAUCCUAAAGCGUUUUUGCUUCAAAAGUUUAAUGUAACAGCUAGACAACGAAUUGAUGAGGCUUUGCACGAGGGGGUUGAUGCCUUGAAGCUCCUUCUAUCUAAAGGUCUGGAUGUGAGUGCAAAAAGGUUCAACAAAGAGCAGAAAUAUAAGCACUUAAGAGUACAGACAUUACCAGUUUGACUGGAUUCCGUGAUGGGAUGUUGCAUUAUAAGUAUGGUUAGUUCCUCCUUUUUAAGGUUGCAAUAAAUUGCCUCGGUUCUUAUUGAUGUGUAAAACGUAAGGAUAAAAUGGGCUGAAUUUUGUAAAGAUCUCUCAAGUAUGUAUAUUAUAUAUAGCUUUUCAAGUGGUUUUUGUAACUUUUCCCCAUCUUGGCUUGUUUUAAUUUGGAUAUUGUCUUUGUUCA